GGGGCUCCCGGCGGGUUUCGGGGGUCUGGAAGGGUGCGCUGAGCUGGAAGGCAGCUGGGAACAGGGGAAGGGGCGAGCAGGGAGAGGCGGCCUCGGGGGCAGCUCAGGCCGUGUCCCCUCGUGUCCCCUCAUUGUGUCCCCUUGUGUCUCCUCAUCACCUCCCCAUCUCAUCUCCCCUUGUUUCCCCUCAUGUUCCCUCACCUCCCCUUGUCUUCCCUCACCAGCUUCCUGUCCUCCCUAUUACCUCCCCUCAUGUCCCCUCAUGUCCUCCUGUCAUCUCCCCUCAUGCCCCGUCCAUCAUCUCCCCUCGUUUCUCCUCAUUGUCUCUCCUCAUCGUGUCCUCUCUUGUCCCCUCAUCAUCUCCCCGUGUCAUCUCCUCUCGUCAUCUCUCCUUGUCUCCCCUCGCGUCCCUUCAUCACAUCCCCUCCUGUCUCCUUGUGUCCCCUCAUCACCUCCCCCAUCUCCCCUUUCACCUCCCCUGCUGUCCCCUGGCCGCAGGGCCGGCCUCCAUCCCACACCGGCGUCUCCCCGGCCGCAGCGGGGAAGGGGGAGCGUGACCCACUUUCCUCCAGGUCCGGCCUCGCUGCCGCCGUGGCCGCGGGCGGGCGACGCCAGCCGGGAGCCCCAGCACAGCUCGGGGACUUGGGGCAGGGUUGCCCGGCCCCAGCACCCCUCUGUCCUGGCAUCGGGGUGCUGCCCACGGGGAGGAAAAGGUCGGAGCUGGGUGUCCGCGUGCCGAGCCCCCGACCCGCCCGGUGUCACCGUGCCCUGCCCGGGGUGCUGCGGGAGGAGACCACGGCAGUGGUGGGAGCAUCCUCCUUCAUGGGAGCAUCCCGGUCGGCGGGAGGCUGAGGAGGGGGCGAUGCCCGGGCUGCACAGGGCACACAGAGCCCCCGGGAGUGGAGUCAGGGCUGGGUUUUGUGGCAGAGGGACGUGUCCCUGUUGUCUCCAGGAGCGAGCGGGGCCGAGGGCCGGCUGGCCCUGCCGUGGGGUCGGGCAGGUGCCGCUCGGGGCGUUUGUCUUUGCAGAUCCCACCCGUGCGGUGCUGCCGGCGCUGGCGGAAGAGUUUUGGGAGGGAGAUGAUGACAGGCUGAUGAAACCAAUCAAACAAUGAAGUAAUCAUAAAUCCCCGGUGCUGGCGGCAAAGGCGGGAGGAGCUGCAGGCUGGAGGAGCUGAGGUCCUAACAAAGCCAUCCUGCUCGGCAGCAAAAAGCCCGGGAGGCCGAAGCACUGAAAGGCAGCCAAGGUCCUGUCAUCGGGGCCGAUGGACGGAGACAGCCCAGCGUGGAUGAGGGAAAAUCCUGCUGGCAGCUCUGGGAGAGCAGUGCAGAGGGCACAGAGAACCGUGGCAGGAAGGAGGAGUGGUGGCUCCCCGGGAGCUGCCAGAGAGAGUCCUGGCACUGCUUUGUUUGCUCUUCCCAAAUUUGUCUGCGAAACCUGAAUCCUGGAACCAAAGGCUGAGGAAGCUUGUCACAGGCUGAUGGCCAGGAUGGGAGAUGGUUCCUGCAGCGGGGGACACUAUGGAUGGGUGUGACAGGGCCUGACCCUGCCCUGCAGCUGGAACAUCUGCACCGAGGGGAGAGCAGCUCCUGCCGACUGGGAGCCCGCGCCUGGCAGGGCGUUCAUUGGCUUUGCCGAAGACAAUCCUGCUGCUGAGCAGGCUGCUCUGGUCUAAGCAAGGAGCUGCGCAACCAUGAGCGCGGGCUCGAUUGAGCAGGAGCCCUCGCGCAAGCUGGGCUGCUGCGGGGUGCCCCUCAUCACCGAGGACAUGCAGUCCCUGGCCAUCCGCACCCUCUCGGGCACUGACAUCACCAAGCACUAUGACCUCAUCCGCGAGCUCGGCAAGGGCACCUACGGCAAGGUGGACCUGGUGUCCCACAAAAGCACAGGCACCAAGAUGGCCCUGAAGUUCGUCAACAAGAGCAAAACGAAGCUGAAGAACUUCCUGCGGGAAUUCAGCAUCACCAACACGCUCUCCUCCAGCCCCUUCAUCAUCAAGGUCUUUGACGUGGUCUUCGAGACCGAGGACUGCUACGUCUUCGCUCAGGAGUACGCCCCCGGCGGGGACCUCUUUGACAUCAUCCCGCCUCAGGUGGGGCUCCCCGAGGAGCUGGUGAAGCGCUGCGUGCAGCAGCUGGGCCUGGCCCUCGACUACAUGCACAGCAAGAGCCUGGUGCACCGGGACAUCAAGCCGGAGAACGUGCUGCUCUUCGACCGCGACUGCCGCCGCGUCAAACUGGCCGACUUCGGCAUGACCCGCAAGGUGGGCUGCCGGGUCAAGCGCAUCAGCGGCACCAUCCCCUACACGGCGCCCGAGGUGUGCCAGGCCGGCCGGGCCGAGGGCUUCGCCGUGGACACCAGCAUCGACGUCUGGGCUUUCGGGGUGCUCAUCUUCUGCGUCCUCACCGGGAACUUCCCCUGGGAGGCGGCGGUGGCGUCCGACGCCUUCUUCGAGGAGUUCGUGCGGUGGCAGAAGGGGCGGCUGGCGGGGCUGCCCUCGCAGUGGCGGCGCUUCACGGACAGCGCCCUGCGCAUGUUCCAGCGCCUGCUGGCCCUCGACCCUGAGAAGCGCUGCCCUGUCAAGGAGGUUUUCUACUUCAUCAAGUGCGACCUCAUGGCUGAGGUGCGGUGCCGGCCCUCCUACCGCUCCCGCAAGCACGCCAGGGACAAGCUCCCGGCCGGCUCCCACUGCCACGAGGCCACCGGCUCCUGCACCCCCGCCCCGCUCAAGAGGACCGUCCUGACCGAGGGGAGCGGAGCGCGCGGUCCCGAGCCCGGUGCAGCCGCCCCGGGCACGGCGAGCAGGACAGACGGACGGCAGGACAAGGGCAAGGGGCAGAUGGUCCUGGCCACAGCAAUAGAGAUCUGCGUGUGACGGCGGCGUGUGGCAUCUGCACGACCCGCCCCGUCCCCCCGCCCUGGGGACAGGGAUGGGGGGAGCACAUCGUGGUGGUGGCACGAGCUGGGACCGGGCUCUGGGUCUCCCAAAGGAAAAAAAAAAAAAGGAAAAGAAACACAAUGGAAGAGGAAAAGGACAGAACUGGUUGCGCUCUGUAGCGCUGAGGAUGCCGAUCCCCCCGUGCCGCCUGGGCAAGGCCAGUGGCCGGAGCCCAGCCGAGGGCACCGCUCGCUGCUGGGGAGGCUGGGGGCACCCACAGCCCUGCCACGGCUGUGCUGCCCCCUCCAAGGCUCCCCCCAGGGUGGCACGGGCAGGGGUGUCCCAGCACGGGGAGGAAGAGGCAGGGACAGUGGGUAGUGGGUGGCCCACUGGCUCUGCCCCCACCCCGUGCUCGACCCCUGUCCGGGGAGCAGGAAGGCCGAUGACCCUGCACCGUGGAGGAGGCCUUUGGGGAGGUUUGGGUGGGUGGUGAUUUGCCCUCUUCAGCUGGUCCCUGCCGCACUGCUGGGGACUGGGAAGGGACGGGGAGGCGGGCGCCGGGCUGGUGACAGGGAGCCGGCAGCCUCCCGGACCCCCGGCAGCCCCGGCUGCCUCCCUGUCGUGGGAGGUGCUGGCAGCCAUUGAUGUAGCAAGUGUCCCUGUCUGUGUGUCAUUGUGUGUCCCAGCCACUGCCACUGGCAGCCCCUGUCCCCUGCCCUGCCCCACACGGCUCAGGCCCUGCCGGAGGGAUGGGUGCCCUCUGGCCAGAGCUGCGCUCCGGGCUGCGGUCAGUGGGCGCGGUGCCGGCCAUCCAGCAGGUUGGAUGCUCAGGCCGGGCUGGCUCUGCCGUGCUGGCGUCCCCGUGUCCCCUCUGCAGACUCUUUGUACCCAGGGACUGGAGGAGGUGGCGGUGGUGCACCCCAGGCUGGCCUGCACACCCCGGGAGCAGGGGAGGGGGCCCCGAGUGGCCUCCCGUGGGCCCGCCUGCUUCCCUGUGCUGUCCCCAUCACCCCUCCUUGCUGUCACCCCUUCCCCAGACCUGUCACCCUCCCCUGGGGCUGGCGGGGAAGAGGCAGCGGGACAGACCCUGCCGGGGCUGGCUGCAGCGAGGCAGGGCGUGGUGGCAGGAGCCACUGGUGGCCCCUUACCGACAAGGUCCUGGGGUGUGCGCGGAGGUCACACCUUCCCUCCUGGAUUUGGGCACCCAGCAGAGCGGGGAGCUCACCCCGCCGCCGCGGCGGGGAGGCUGUGGGGGCACCCCAAGGCAGGAGCACCCUGCUGUGGUUCGGGCUUCCCUCCCAUGAGGUGGGUGCCGCGGGGCCGCCCCGGUGCCCCAAUUCCCCACAAAGGGCUAUAACGCUUUCCAGCAGCAGCAGCAGCAGCAGUUUACAGAGCAGGGGCCGCCCCCGCCCCCGCCGUGCCCCCGUCCCUGGCACCCCCCGGGCCCGGCGUUAGACGUAGCAUUGCCCCACGUAGAGAGCUAGGCACCGGUUUUACUCCUUUUUGCCUUAGGUCCCUCGAUGUCCUCGAUCUUUCGUGCAAUAAUGUAGAUAAGGGAUCCCGGCCGCCCCGGGAGGGCUCGGUGGCACCUCUCUGGGAGGGCUUGGUGGCACCGCCCGGGGUGUGUCCCAGGGGGUGCCCGGUGUGAUUUCUGUCCCCGUCGAGGUCGCUGUGUCCGUAGGUUGUCAGGUUUUUAUUUCCAGUUCCCUCAUCUGUCGGGUUUCGGACCUUCUUCCCGUAGGAGAGGCUGUAGUGUCACAGACGUUACCUCAGUUUGUCACUGUUGAAAAGGAUUAAAAAAAACCACAACUGAAACCAUAAAAAAUGACAAAAUACAUAGUUAUAAAAGCAACAAAAAAUUUC